AUGUUUGCUCAAGACCCAUUAGAAGAGAUUAACCUCAGAGAUGGACCCACAAAAAGAGUUACAUACUUCAGUGCUAAACUGGAUCCCAAGAUGAAAAGCAGGUAUGUCGAAUGGAUUGCAAAUAUAGUACCAGUUAUUAAGAAAAAUGGUUCCUUAAGAGUGUGUAUAGAUUUUCGUGAUCUGAAUGCAGCAACUCUUAAGGAUGAAUACCCAAUUCUUGUAGCAGAAAUGCCAGUAGGCUCGGCUGCAGGAUAUGAAUAUCUUAGCAUGCUCGACGACUAUUCCGGGUAUAAUAAAAUUUUCAUUGCAGAAGAGGAUGUUUCUAUAACAGCCUUUCGAUGUCCAGGGGUUUAUAUAAAUAACAUAGUAAUAAAAUCUAUAUCAGGCGGAGAUCAUCUAACCCAUCUCAGCCAAUCAUUCGAAAGAAUGAGAAAACAUGGUUUGAAGAUGAAUCCUCUUAAGUGUGCAUUUUGUGUGCAGGAUGGAGACUUUAUGGGCUUUGUGGUCCACAAAAAGGGGAUAGAGAUUAAUCAGAAUAAAACAAAGGCUAUCAUGGAGACCAAAGCACCAUCAACUAAGAAAGAAUUGCAAUCUUUGUUAGGGAAGAUAAAUUUCCUUAGGAGAUUUAUUUCAAAUUUAAGUGGUCGAAUUCAAGCCUUCUUCCCUCUUUUGCAUCUGAAACAUGGAAGUUUCGAAUGGACAAAUGAACACCAAGAGGCAUUCGAAAAGAUAAAGCAGUAUCUAAUGAAUCCGCCUAUCUUGUCACCACCAAGUGGAAAGAAGCCUAUGAGACUCUAUGAAGGGGCAAGUAGUCUCAGAUUUUAUAGUGGAUCACGCAGUGGUCGAAAUCCUCGACUCCUAGUUGAGUUGAAGCCUUGGAGAUUGUUCUUCGAUGGUUCCACCCAUAAAGAUGGUAGUGGAUUUGGGAUUCUACUAAUUUCUCCUGAUGGAAUUCCAACAAAACUCAAGUAUAGAAUCGAAGAGCCCUUGUGCUCAAACAAUGAGGCGGAAUAUGAAGCCUUAAUAGCAGGGCUUGAAGCCUUGUUGGAACUGGGGGCAACUAGGGUUGAAAUAAAAUACAUAAAGCAUGUCCCCAGAAUUAAAAAUCAAGAGGCUAAUGAUUUAGCACAAAUAGCUUCAGGAUAUAAAAUCUCAAGGGAGAAGUUAAAGGAAUUGGUCGAAGUAAGAGGAAAAGAAAUGACAACCAAAUUGUCUCCAAGUGAUUUGGAAAGAAAUCGUUUAGGUUAUGCUAACAAAGAGGAAUUCAAAGUGUUGGCUAUUGAUACUUUAACAAGCACAUAUUGGAGAACUCCAAUUAUAGAGUAUCUUAAAGAUCCUUUAGUGAACACAGAUAGAAAAACCAAAUAUAGAGCUUUGUCUUGCAUGUUGAUGGGAAAUGAAUUAUUCAAGAAAACUCCUGAAGGCAUUUUAUUAAAAUGCUUGGGCGAAAAUGAAGCGUAUUUGGCAUUACCUAGUGUUCAUAGUGGAACAUGUGGGGCACAUCAAGCAGGCCAUAAAAUGAAAUGGUUACUUUUCAGAUACGGGAUAUAUUGGCCUACCAUGCUAAAGGAUUGUAUAGAGUUCGCUAAAGGCUGUCAAGAAUGUCAAAUACAUGCAGGAAUCUAA